AUGUUACCUCCCUUAGUCUGGGGAGGUGUGCCCAAUCAGCGAAUGCCUGCUGCUGCCAACAACCCCAAUACUUGGUCACAUGACAUUGGCUUGUCGUCACUGCAGCACGUUUCUUUAGUUCACUGCUCUCUUCAUACACAACUUGCUGCUUCGCAUUUUCGCUCCACUGGUGAGCCAUUUUUAUGGCAAAAUUAUCACACCUCUCCAAAACGAAACUAUUUGUCUGACCCAGAGAAUAAAGGCAGUCGCCAAGCUGGGAUCAACUUUGACACACUCGGUUGUUGGAACAGUCGUCUGGAACUUCCUCUUCUUUAUGAAGAGAGCGUAGAACGGGGUAAAGUUAUUCCAAAAAUCCCAGUGAGCGAGAUCGGCAGUGCCACAUUACUUGGACGUAGGAAACUAAAUGAAGACCGUUAUGUCAUUGAGGAGCUUUCUCCCAACUUGCUGUAUUUGGGAAUGUUUGAUGGACACUCGGGAACUGAAGCUGUUGAUUUUGUAAGUCAACGUAUGAAGAAAGCUAUCACUUUCUGGUUAACACAGACAGACAAUUUGGAACAUGUCAUUGAACAAUCAUUUAUCGAUAUCAACAACCUGUUGGCCCGACAUUUGAACUUUGCAGGGUCACAGAAUUUUAUUUGUGGCACAACUGCCACAGUCUGUCUACUAAAAAACAGUGUGGAACUGGUUAUCGGCCAUGUUGGUGAUAGUUGUGCUAUAUUGUGCCGUCAGGGAAAAGCUGAACGUCUCACUUUAGAUCACGAUCCAGAGGUAGAUGAAGAGGCUUCCCGCAUUAAAAAAUAUGGAGGCUUUAUUUCUAUGAACAGUUUGGGUCGUUCCAAUGUUAAUGGACGUCUAGCAAUGACUCGAAGUAUUGGAGAUUUUGAAUUAAAGAAAUAUGGAGUCACGGCUCAACCUGAUCUCUACAGUAUUGAAAUUCGACAUUCUAAAGAUGCUUUUCUAGUGCUGGCAUCGGAUGGACUCACAUUUGUUCUUGCAGAUCAAGAAAUCAUUGAUGCUGUGAGUAAGUGUGACAUCCCCAAAGAGGCUGCCCAUCUGCUGACAGACCAGGCAAUGCAGUUUGGUUCUGAAGAUAACACCACUGCCCUCAUCAUACCAUUUGGAGCCUGGGGUAAAUACCAGGCUGCGGACACAUCUAAUCAAAAUAGUUUUGGCCGACAACUCCUUGGAGUUCGUUAUUGUUGA